UAAAUUUUGAUGACAGCUUCUGAAAAGGCUAGACAACACUGAGCAUGCUAUUACUGAACGACUGGGCACUUCCUCUUCAGGGUGAGCAGAUGAAUGGCUCCACGUGGAACUUCUCCUCACCUGAGGAUUAUCCUUCCACCAACCGUACAACGCAUGCUUUGAUAUUGAACUACCCCAAGAUAGUCAUGACAUCCUUUAAUGUGCUGUUCAGUCCAAUCCACUGUUAUGUUUUGUGGUUUAUUGCCACAGGAAGAGGCGGUGGAAUUGCUUCAGAGUUCUUCAUCUUUAAUCAAACCAUUUGCGAGGCAGUUUUUAGCGUGAGUUCAUUGAUCUUCUUACUGUCACAUAUCUUUUCAAAACUUCUGAUGACGCACAACUUUUUAUUAGGAGUAACCAUCACCGGUCGUCCUCUGUUUGGUUGUCUGAUCUGUGUGGAGCGUUACCUGGCUGUGGUUCAUCCUGUAACCUUUCUGAAGUACAAACCUCUCAGAUAUAAAAUGAUUUGUUCAGCUCCUGCCUGGAUUGUUAUUCUUGGCGCUUGUUUUUUCUGCAUGAUCAGCUUAAAUUCGUCAAAUACAAUGGCAUAUGUAUUGUUUUUCCUGAUUCAGUUCCCCAUCUUCAUCUCUGUCCAGUUGUUUUGUUGUUUGGCUGUACUCAAGGCUCUCAAACAGUCAGGACCAGGAGAGAGAGGGAAACAGAAAGAGGAGGAAAACCAAAUGAAGAGAAGAGCGUUUCAUAUCAUUCUAAUAGCUACAUUGAUCAUGGCUAUCAUGUUUUUACCUUUCAUUUUCACAGGAGUUUUUUAUGUUUUGCAACUGGAUUCUGUUUCUGUUAUCUGGUCUAUCAGUUUAUGUUUGUAUGUUCUGUCUGGUUUUGUUAAUCCUUUAAUUUAUCUGCAGCGCAAUGGAAAGCUCAGUUGCCUCUGUUCUCCAAAACCUGCUGUUUAGAUAAUUGACGUAAGUUACUGAAACAUAUUCACGUUAAAAUUCAUAACCAAUUUCAUAUUUAUUUGAAACAUUCUAUUAAGAUAAAUUUGCUAGGAUGUUUUGUGAAUAAUAAAAAUAGUGCAGCAUGAAGUUUAAACAUCUUAAUUAUGCAUGUCAAUUCAACCUACUUUUAUAGCUUUAACUUAUAUACUUAAUUUAAGUUAAAGGUGGUGUGUUUGAAUUUUAGUGGCAUCUACCGGUGAGAUUGUGAAAUUGAGCUCCCCCCUCAAGUUUAAAUCACAUAUGGUACCCGCCACGAGACAAAUAUCGUCAAGCUUUAGUAUUGUAUUUUCAUAAAGGUUUUACAAAAUGCCUUACAGGAAAAUUUUCUUCUAAAAAUAUAUAUAAACACACAAAUAUAUAAAAUGAAAGAACAGACCCUCCGCUUUUAAACAAACAAAACGGGGAAAAAAAUGUUUCAUCCUAUCUAUAUUUUUUCGCACAUUAUGUUGUCUGAGAGGAAUCUGUUUUUACUCUAAAAUCAAUAGUCAUUUGUCUUAGACACACUUAGUUGCAGACGUGCAUUAUCACACCAUUGCACAAAGUCAUCAAUCACAAACAUGUUGUUGUCUAAGACAGCGUAUUGACAAAACGUGCUGUAAGAAUGUGUCCGUUUAGGGCUAAUGUAGAAACAUGAUGGCAUGUAGUGGGACCCAUGGUGUAUGUAGAUAAAAACAGCUCAUUCUAAGGUAAUAAAUAUGAUAGAGUUCAUUAUGCAAGAUCUUUAUAGACCACUGAUAAUAUAGUUAUGUAUAUUACAUUGCAUUUCUGUAAAAAGAUGAUAUCAGUUAUUUUAAC